AUGGCUGACUGGGAACUUGGUGCUGAAAGAGACAAACCUGAAAUGCCGUCUGUAGCUUCACCAACAAUAACAAACACUCCUUUCUUUGAAACCCCUGCAAGCCUGGAGUGUAAGAAGGACAGGCCUCCAUAUCCAACUGAGAGAGUCUCUCAGACUGGAAUAAAUGAAAUCGAAUGUCCAAGAUUAAAUUUAGCAUACCCCGUGCCUCUCUCUUUCUCUGAUUAUUUCCUCAAAACAAUCACGGUUGUAGCUUUUCUGAUGUCUCUGCCGCUCCUGGCUUUGCGAGCCGCUGGGCUGUGCGGGGAGCGGGAAAGUCAGCAGCCACUUGUGGUAGCCGAGCUCUGGAGCGGGGCUGCCGGAGCCGGGCUGCCAGAGCCGGGCUGCCAGAGCCGGGCUGCCAAAACCGGGCUGCCAAAACCGGGCUGCCUGAAUCGGGCUGCCAAAACCGGGCUGCCAGAGCCGGGCUGCCAAAACCGGGCUGCCAGAGCCGGGCUGCCAGAGCCGGGCUGCCGGAAUCGGGCUGCCAAAACCGGGCUGCCAAAACCGGACUGCCAGAGCCGGGCUGCCAGAGCCGGGCUGCCGGAGCUGGGCUGCCGGAAUCAGGCUGCCAGAGCCGGGCUGCCAAAACCGGGCUGCCAGAGCCGGGCUGCCAAAACCGGGCUGCCAAAACCGGGCUGCCAGAGCCGGGCUGCCAAAACCGGGCUGCCAGAGCCGGGCUGCCGGAAUCGGGCUGCCAGAGCCAGGCUGCCAAAACCGGGCUGCCAGAGCCGGGCUGCCAAAACCGGGCUGCCGGAAUCGGGCUGCCAAAACCGGGCUGCCAAAACCGGGCUGCCGGAGCCGGGCUGCCAAAACCGGGCUGCCGGAGCCGGGCUGCCGGAAUCGGGCUGCCAAAACCGGGCUGCCAAAACCGAGCUGCCAAAACCGGGCUGCCAGAGCCGGGAUGCCAAAACCGGGCUGCCAGAGCCGGGCUGCCGGAAUCGGGCUGCCUGA